AAUGGCAUCACCAGAAGCAUCGUCUUCUGGAAAUACAGAAGAUCUUCGUAUCGAAGAUUUAUUCCAUCAAAAACGAAAUGAAGAUACGAUUGCUAAAAUAUUUUCGAUUAUUUAUGCUCCAGUUGGUUUAAUUAUUCUUUUAAUUCGUGUUUUCCUCGGUUUCCACACAUUUAUUGUUGCAUGUCUACUCAGAAAAUCUGCUGCUUUGAGAAUGCACACUCUUCGAAUUAUGUGCUCAAUUCUCGGAAUUGUCGUUGAAAAAUCUGGUCACAGAGAUGAAUCAGCUCGAGUUUUGUGCGCCAAUCAUGUAUCAAUUCUUGAUCAUUUAGCAGUUGAUAUUCUUACUCCAUGCCUUCUUCCAUCUGUUUGGGAUAUUCCAUCGAUUAUUAGAUGGUGUUUUGGAUAUGUAGAUUUGGGAGCAACACGUGGAAGAGAUCAACUUGUCAGUAGAGCCAAACAACUACUCACCAGAGAACAAAUGCCACUUCUCGCAUUUCCAGAAGGAAUUAUUACUAGUGGAGAAAAGGCAUUGAUCAAGUUUAAUACUUGGUGUUUCGAGGUGUCUUCAGUAGUUCAACCCGUCUCAGUGCGUGUGUGGCGUCCGUAUCCUUGGAAAGUUUCAGUUUCAGUAUUGGGUUCUUCAUGGUGGACUGAUCUUUUCUAUUUCUUUGCACUUCCGUUUACUGUUAUCACUGUCGAAUAUCUUCCGAAAAUGGAAAGACGAGAGAAUGAAUCACUCGAAGAAUUCACCGCCCGAGUUGCCGAAACGUUGGCUGGAAAUUUGAAGAUUGCAGUGUCAAAGUUUGGAAUUUCGGACGCAACAGAAGCAGCAAAACGGCUUAGAACAGAUAGAGAACGUGCGAAAAAAGUUGUCGUUAGAGAGAAGACUUCACCUAGACUUGCGGAUCCUCGUCAAAUGGACGAAUGUGCAAUGAGAAUCAAACAAUCAUUUCCAUCAUUCCAUUUAUCUGCAAUUCGACGUGAUUUGGAGAAAACUCGUAGUCAAACUACAACUGUUAAUAAUUUGAAAGCUGGUAAAAUUUCAUCAUCAGCAUCGGAUGGUCAAACUGGAAAGGUUACAUUGGACGCUGGUACGUGGCGUGGAGUAUUCGACAAUCGAAAAUGGCAGAUGAUCGAAGUUAAUCGCCAAAAAUACAUGAACCGCGAUUCUUAAAUUUUCAAAUUAGAUUAUUCGAUUUUUCUUUGGAUUUUAAAACCUUUUAGUCAUCAUGCCUUGUCAUUUCCUUUGCCUGUUCGAUUAAUUUAUUGCAUAUGCUUUGUCUAUUAAUGAAAAAAAAACGUUUAUUAUU